AUGCAGCUAUCGGAAAAUGGUAGACAUCUGGGGAUUUUGCUGCACAAUAAGGACCUGCACGUAUUCAAAAAUGCCGUGGAGAUCAGUGUGGUUCAGAAUGUUGAGUUGUUUAGUAUAUCAGACAGUUUUUACAGCAUUACAACAAAGGAGGAGACUAAGGUAUUUAGCUUUGAAGAAAACACUGCGGUUUUUGAGUUUAAGUGUGCCGCAAAGUUCUUAUUUUCCUUCAGCUCGCUUAUCAUCAUGGUUACUGAAAAAUUAGAAUGCCAAAAAAUACUUGUUUUUAGAAACAACAAAGCCCAUGCUAUUUUAUCGUUGCCCAAUAUCUACAGAGCAGUGGUUGAGAGUACAGAGAGCGAGAACCAAUUUCUUCUACUUGUUGAUACGGAGUACACAAAGAAUAGCUACUAUGCAGAGUCCUCUCUGUUUCUGUUGUCUUUUGCAGAUGCCGAUCAGGUGGCUGCAUCGUGUGCCAAGAAUGAGGGCUCCACAGACAUAUGCAUCCCUGAAUUGACAACAAGGUCAGAAGAUUUUGUCGUCAUUCAAUAUAGAGGCUUGAACAAAAUACACAAGUCUGGAUUUUUAAAAGAUUCGUUCUAUGUGUGCUUUGGCGACCAACCGGCAUUGCUGUUCCAAUUUGAUCUAAAAGGCAAACUACAGAAGAAGUAUCCAAAAUCAGUUAGAAACACAGCCAUUUUCAACUCUAGGGAAAAUAGACUCAUAAAUGCAGGUCUUGGCAACCUUCCGGGAACUAUUGAGGUGUAUUGCAACAGUGAAUGCACGUGCUCCUUUGAAAUGCUGGGUGCGUCUAUUGUUUCGUGGCUAAAUAACGACAGCUAUUUUUUGGUUGCUAUUACAAACUACUUCAAAUCUCAAAACAAAAUAGUGAUAUAUGAUUAUUAUGGCAAUGCUCUCGAGGAAAUGGAAUGCAAAUCUCUCAUAGAUGUCCGUGUGUAUGGCCAGAUAGAAAAGGAAGCAGCAGUGGAUCCGCCAAAAGAAGCGGUGAAGAUAAAGCCUGUAUCUGCAUAUGUGCCUCCACACUUGCAGAACAAGAUUGUUGAGUCAGCCAAGGCUAAGGAGCCUGCAAAGAAAGCGACGAGAACCAAGCGACGAGAUAAAGAAGCCGUUGAGAAAGAGCUAAGCGAGUGUUUGAAGUUGAGAGAAAGACUUAGAAACGGCGAGGAGCUAUCGCUAGAAGAGGAAAACAAGAUAUUCAAAAUUAAGAGCCUUGAAGAGGAACUCAAGGUGCUAUCGAGCAAUUAA